GUCUCAAAAAAACAAAACUCACUGUUUCCAUUGGGGUCAGUAAUUUUAAAACAUUGCUGGAGAGAUGCCGAUAAAACAAUAAAGUGCUUAUUGUUUUAAAAUUGUUACGGUAUCACUCGACCGACAGAAAAUAUACACUGCGAAACUCUUCAACAGACCCAACUUAUUUAUUUCACGAUACGUAGUGAAAUCCUAGUUGCAGAGGAGCGACCUCUUAGCAGAGGGUUUCUUCAUAGCUGUGUAAUCUAUCAUCAAAAUAACCUACCACUAAAACUUCAGUCACCACUGACUCAAACCCACAGUAAACGCCGAUGUCUCCGAAGAAGUCUCCUCUCAAUCCACAAGACUUUAAAUGAAGUUCCUUAAUAGCUCGUCGCUCCUUCGUGAACGUUCUUGGAACCUCUAACACAACUGUUCAUGUAGCAUUACAUCGUAAUUAUAUCAUUUAGUAGAAUGUUCUAAACUGUUUCGUAAUGUGACGGUAGAAGGUUCUGGUGCAAAUAUUGCGUGACUAAACAUUACCUAGACUAGAAAUUACCAGAAACUUAGUAUUUACAAUUGCUCUCCAUAGCAAAAUGUACUGCCCGUAUUGAAACGGCGCCUUCAGUACGAUUGGCCCAUGAUGUCGAUUUCUUGUCGCUCAGUGUAGAAGUCACGUUUUACUGUAACAUGAUUAUUUACAAUAUUUAUAAUUGUGAUUUAUUUAGCCUAUCAAAGUGCGUUCGGUUAGUUGAAAAUUUUGUACAACAAAAUGCUGGACGAGGGCGGUGCGUCCCCGAUCCAUUUCCUAUUCUGUUUUUUUCUCAACGCUGCUCCCUAACUAACAGAGCGCCUGAAACAGGUUAUGCAUUAUGGUGAAUCAUUAAACCAGUCAGUAUCCUUAUUGUAGCCAUGAUAAAGACUCGAAAAUUGCCCGUACUCUUUACGAAGUCAUUCUUAACUUAUUUUAGUUUUUAUCUUUAUAUUAUGUUAUUUAGACAGGACCCCUUUGAUAACAGUACUCUUACACUGAACGGCUAUCCUGUAUAAAUAUUCGUUAUUAUUAUUUACAAGAGAAAAUGAGGGUCAGAGAGGGAGGCUCCCAGUCCAGGCCUUGGGAUAUGUCAAUUUCGCUAAAGUUAUUUUAGGGUCGCCGAAAACAGCGGGAGUGCAUUUCCUUUUACGUCCACAUGAUACCAUUAUUCUUUAGGCGAUCAGGAUAUUAAGAAACGGCGGUCCACGGGGAAAUUCACUUUGUCGAUAGAAGCGCCUUUUACGGACACAUUAGAGACAGAUGGUAUUUCUGGCUGGAUAAAUCGAGGUGGGAGAUAUAUUUUUACAUCUCCUUGGGAAUAAAAUGGCACAUGCAGACGGGCGGAAAUGCAGUUCUGAGUGGUCAACAAAACGUUCCGGCGGAACAUGUAAUAAAGUUCGUGGCUGCUGCUAUGGACUAUGCACUGUGGCUUUUUCAAAAGGAGUUUACAAGCCGAUGGACUUCGACAUUGAUGUUGGCAAUGACAAUGAGAUUUUCUCCUCACACUGAAGAGAGAAAGCUUUCAUUAGUGCAAAUUAACCGAAGGUGAAGAAAACGUGGCAUAUAUGAACAUGAUCAAACGAAGAUGACACCUCCGUUUUUUCUGGUUUUCUCUGUUGGAAAAGCAGUCAGAAGAAGUUGUCCCUUUCGCUCAGUUCAGUGUACUUUAGUUGCUGGUUCAAAAUCAUUUUUUGUCGCUUGCAUGCGAGUUAUUUUGUCGUUGAACAGAAAAUUGUUUCUGUCGCUGAUCACUACCGCGCUGUGAGUUGUUCUGUUUCUCUGUGAAUUCAAAAUUAUUUCUGCCCGCGUUUCUUUCGGCUAUCGCUUCGCUUCGAGCUACAGGAGUUGUUUUGUCGCUGUAUCAGUAUUCACAACUAGUUCUGUUGCUACAUUCCCAUGAUCGCCAUGCUUCUAGUUGUUUAAUCGCUCAGGCCGGCAUUCAAAAUUAUUUCUCUCGCUGAGCGCUACUCCAAGGUAUUUUUUGUUGUAUUCAAAAUUAUUUCUGUCACUGGUCGUCCUACCUCGAGCCGUUUUGUUGCUGGAGUUCAAGUUAUUUCUGUCGCAGGUCGCUUCACAGCGAGCUAUCUUCAAUUUGUCACUGUACCGCUAUUCAACAUUAUUUCUGUCGCUGAUCACUUCGCUCUGAGCUGUUGUUUUGUUGAGUUAUUUUCUAGGCUGAUCGCUACACUCCGAGUUGUUUUAUCCGCGCUGUUGAGGUUCAAAUAGACUGUUGUCGCAUGGUUGGGACUUGCUUCGUUGUGGUAUAGUAUUCAAGUUGAUUUCUGUCGCUAAUCGGUAGGCUCCGAGUGUUUUUGGUUCCUGGAUUCAAAAUAUUUUAGCUACCCUCCGAAUUGUUUUCCAGCUCGGCCAGAAUUAUAUUCUCCUGUCGCUGGGUUGAGAGUAAUUUUGUCGCUGGGUUCAAAAAUAGUUUUGCCGUGGGAACCAAAAUAGUUUUCUUCGGUGGGCUAAGAUUUCAUUCGUCGAUGCGUUUAGAGGUAUCAGGAUCGCUACAGCUUGAAACAGUAUUCCAUGUUAUAUAUGUUUUCAAUAUCGAACAACACGAUACUUGUCUGCAUGUUGUUAUACAAAUGAAAGCAAAUAAAUUCUUUCUUGUUGUCAUCGCUGAUUUCUUUGAUUCAAAUGCUCAGGGGAAAAACUUUGAUAUUUCUUUCACCCAGCGUUUUUAUUCUAGAUAGGUUGUGGUUCUUUAUAGCGCUUCUACUGACAAAACGUAUUUCCACGCAGACCGUCCUUUAAAAAUUCCCUGAUCAACGGGUGAAAGGUAUCAUGCGGACGUCUGGGGAAAUAGACUUCCGUUUCCGUCUAAAACUAAAAAUAACUUUAGUGGAAUCGACAUAUCCGGCCAACGCCCUCAGUGUCCCUCUCUGUCCCCUCAUUUUCUCUUGGUUGGACUCAUGCGAGUAACAAAAAAAAAAAAAAAAAAAAAAAAAAAUGAGCCUGCUAAUAACUAAACACACAAUCAAAGAAUAAUAUGGAUUUUCAUCUGUUCAAUUCCGGAAAUGUAGUGGCUUGCUGUGUCAAGAGAGCAUUUCUUUUCUUUCUUUCUUUCUUUCUUUUUUUUUUUUUUAAGAAAGUACAAGUUUACAAGAGAAAUGAAACCAGUAGCCAAGAAUUAUCUUUUUUUUAGUUAUUUCAUGUACAAAUAUGAUUCCUAUGCUAACAACUUACAUGCCGCACUAUACACGAAAAAACAACAACAACAACAACAACAAAACACUAGCUAAGCGCGCCUUUGGAGUUUCGGCGCUAUUUGUGGUUCCCAGAGCCACCCGUCCCUCUUAGCCGGUGCGGCCUGGGCAACUUUAAAAGGCGGCUCUGAAGGCAUAAGAUUUGACUGGCUAGAUUCGUUGAAAAAUAUUUCCCCAUUUAAUUGGCAGUCGCCUUGCCAAAAAUAUGCACUGGUUGAUUUUAAGGUUAAACCGGCCGAUUAGAGCACCUAAAGAGUGAGACCUUAAAUUCUGGCGAAAGACGCGUUCAUGUUUUUCUUUUUAAACUUUUAGAGGGCUUCUCUGAAAAUUAACAGUUAUCCCUAUUAAAAAGUUUUCCCUGUGGGUGUUUUAGUCGAACGAUUUUAAGGAGAAUUCAACCAGUCGGGAACAAGCGGGAAUUUAGUGACAAUCUUGUUCUAAGAAUCGCCAAUCAAAUUAUGUUUUUAAGAACCACUCAAGGCUGCACCGGUUAUAAUAAACAGGGAACACUACAGUUCUGCGGACCAGAACGUGUUGGUGUCUGGUUAAACGUGAGUUAUCCGGGAAAAAACAAAAACAAAAACAAAAACAAACAAAAAAAUAGAGAUUCGUUAAUAAAAUGAUCCAAAGGUAUCGAAAAGUUCUCAAAAAGAUCGAUGCAACAGAGAAUGGAUUGAAAUUGACUAAAAGGAAGAAAAUCGAACGAAAACAUUGUGACUAUUAUAAGAACAUAUCUGCAGGAGGACAAAUCGAGCCAGACUCAAGUAAAAACCUACAGCACCAAAAAACACCGAUAAAACAAAUAAAACCGUUCUUUCUCUUUGAUGUCAGGUUUCAUGAGCCAGGCCAGUUUUCACGGCUCAAGUAAAACCCUAGACCAAUCAAACUAGUAAAAUCCUUCUUUCUCUUUAAGUUCACGAGCCAAGUAAGAACUAUUUAUACCUCUCGUAGAUUUGAACCAAUAAAUGGUCCGUCCGCAGAGGGUCAAAGAAGAGCACAACAGGAUUUUGCGUUUGUAACUUUGCUUGUCUUUCUUAUCUACUUCUCUCAGGUUUUCAGUGGAAGUCAAUUGAAAUUGAGAAAUGGAAGAUACUCCCGUACGGAAUCCAAAAAACCAGGCAAGUUUUUUCUCGCAGUUGACUGUCUCCUGGAUAAACGAUGUUCUCAAACUCGGAAGUAAACAACCAUUAGAAGAGAAACAUUUGUUUUCAGUGGAAACGUCCAAUCAAGCAGAAAGGUUGGUGGCUGACUUGGAGAGGGAAUGGCUGGCAGAAGAAAGAGCGUCUGAACAGAACCGAACAAAGCCUCGCCUGUGGAGGGCCAUGAUAAGAGUUAUUCCCUGCAGAGACUAUGUCACUGUAGCGUUCUUCAGGAUAUUUUAUUUAAUAGCUUUUAACCUUUUUCCUUUGAUUGUGUGGUUCUUCUUGAAAAGCAUUUCUACUUCUACAGAAAUAAGUUACAAGUCCACGCUGCCUAUUGUUAUUGGUAUUUCACUCGUUGCCUUUAUAAGAACUUCAUGCUCAAAGCAUGGGGCAUUCAAGAUGGAUAUGAUAUCGACGAAACUGAAAGUAGCCAUGACUGGACUAGUGUAUAAAAAGAUUCUUACCUUAAAUAGAAGUACUUUAGAAGACACCAUUUCAGAAAACACUAUAAAUCUUGUUUCCAACGAUGCUCAAGCUAUUGAGAAAAUGGGUUAUGCCACUUUUUUACUUCCAUUUGUUCCACUGGACAUUGUUGCUUCCAUGGUUCUUGUUUGGUACUUAGUUGCAUGGCAAGCCUUAAUAGGAGCUUCUUUCUUCCUUCUUGUUGUUGCCUAUGGAUCAUUUGCAGCUCACAAGGCUGGCAAGGUACGCCACCAAUCAGCUGCAGUGACCGACAAACGAUUGGAGAUAAUGAAAGAGAUCAUUACAGGAAUCCGCGUGGUUAAGAUGUACGCCUGGGAAUGGAACUUCAGAGACCUUGUUGCCCAAAUAAGAAGAAAGGAAAUCUCACUGAUUCGUAUCCGAGGGUUCCUUGUCUCCAGUAUCUACGCCCUGUUCUUCUCUAGCUCAGCCAUGGCAGGAUUUAUUUCAGUCACAUCUCUGCUUUUUACAGAUGCUUCGCUGACGUCGUUUAAAGUCUUUACAUUGCUUACCCUUUUAACUAACAUAAAGAUGGUAAUCACGAUCUCUAUAGCAGAUUCAUUACGCUACAUUGCCGAUGCAAGAACUGCAUGCAGUAGGAUGCAGAACUUAAUAGAAACGAAAUCCAUGUUAAGACGCAAAAUGGAUUACCAAGAAUAUCGUUCUAAUUUAGAGGUUUACGUCAAAGGUAGAAAGUAUAAACCCCAAUUUAUUAGAAUUGAAAGCUUUCGAAAUGGAAAACCGGCAUUGCUUAGUGCUCAGAAACUGGAACAAGCAGGUCAGGACAUCAAUCCACUGGUAUCUCUUGAGAAUGUUACAUGUGUUUGGAGCCAUACGUCAGAGCUUCCUACUUUAGAUAAUGUGUCGUUGAAUGCUACUAAUGGACAACUUGUGGGCAUAACAGGGCCAGUUGGAAGCGGCAAAACAUCAUUGCUGAUGACCAUCUUGGGUGAAAUCCCAAUCUCCUCUGGUAAAAUGUCUUUUAUUGGAAAAAUGGCUUUUGUCUCCCAAACGCCAUGGGUCUAUUCUGGUACUGUGCGAGACAACAUCGUUUUUGGCAAAGAGUUCCAUGAGCAAAAGUACAAUAAGGUUAUCAAAGUUUGUGACUUGGAGAAAGAUAUCGCAAGCUUUACGAAACGUGAUCUAACUGAGAUUGGACAACGUGGAGUGAUCCUAAGUGGUGGUCAGCGAGCACGUGUCAGUCUGGCACGCGCAAUCUACUCAGAUGCAGACAUCUACCUAUUGGAUGAUCCACUCAGUGCAGUGGAUGCCAAAGUUGGUAGACAUUUGUUUGAUAGAUGCAUCAAAGAGUUCUUAGACGGGCGCAUGCGUAUUCUGGUCACUCAUCAGUUACAGUUUCUGAAAGAAACAGACAGCGUUGUCAUUCUUCGGAAUGGCUCCGUUGUUUGUCAUGGAACCUACAGUGGAAUAGAGCAAUACAGACAAGCGGCGUCCUGUUUUCUUCCUCAACAACAGCAAGAUUUCGAUGGCGAGGAUAAAAAUAGAGAGGAUGUUUCAGUUUUUAGUGAUGAGGCUUCCGAAUCAAUGAAUUCCGCUAUAGAACAUCGUGACAGGAUGGAUCUGAAAGAUGAAGAAGAGGAGAGAAUGGUUGGAAGCGUUAAGUGGUGGCUGUACUGGAAGUACUUUAGAGCUACACUCCCAAAGAUUCUGAUAAUUAGUCUCAUCAUUUUCUUCGCUAUUGAACCCAAAUGUAUUGUGGCUUUUCCUUCUUCAGUGUUCUUGAUUGCGCCUUCUUGGUGGCUAUCACGGAUGACUGAGAUGCCAUUCAAUCAACAGAAGAGCUACCCAACGCUUUUGGUGUACGGAUCCAUUGUUACGGGCUCCUUACUUCUUACGACAAUUUCCUCCUUCUGUUUCUACCUCGCUGCUCUAAAAGCUUCAGAAAACCUUCAUGACCAGAUGACAAAAGCAGUUAUGAAUGCACCAGUCCUAUUCUUUGACACGAAUCCAGUUGGUCGUAUCUUAAACCGAUUCUCCAAAGAUGUUGGUUGCAUGGACGAUAUCCUUCCAGGACAGUUUCUGUUUGCAAUUCAGUUGUGCCUGUACUUUUUCACUGCUGCCAUACUUUCAGCAGUAGUAAAUGUUUGGCUUUUUAUCACUUGUGCUCCGUUGACAGUGCUGUUUAUUUACCUCGCCAAAUAUUAUUUGAUAUCCGCUCGGGAGAUCAGGCGACUUGAGGCGAUAACAUGCAGUCCAGUGUAUUCCCUCAUUGCUGACACUGUGGCAGGAUUGGAAGUAAUUCGAUCAUUAGAGAUGGAGAACGAUUUUCUUCAAAAAUUUUACAAAUAUCAAGACAAAAACACAGCAGCUCUGUUUUUAUUGAAGGCCGCUACACGUUGGCUUGCGUUUCGAGGAGACCUUUUGAGUAACUUUCUUGUGAUUUCCGUGUCAGCUGGAGCUUCGUUAGCAACACAAAAUCCUGCUUUGGCAGGUAUGUCGCUCAGUUUUGCAGCCGAGACUUUAGAUGCCUCACAAUAUGGCAUCCGUAUGGCUUCGGAAACAGAAAAUCACAUGACCUCAGUAGAGAGGGUGUUCACGUACACCGAAAUUGAGCCAGAGCCUGGGUACGGCACUGAAGCCCUUCCACCUAAAGAGUGGCCGACAACGGGCAGCUUGACUUUACGUGACUUGUCGUUGAGCUAUUUGAAAGGAGCACCGGCAAUUUUGAACAACAUAAGCGUCUGUAUCGCUGAUAAGGAGAAGGUUGGUGUUGCUGGUCGCACUGGUGCUGGGAAAUCAUCUUUAGUGACGGCUUUGUUCCGAAUGCCAGAACCUGAAGGAGAGGUCAUUAUAGAUGGUGUGAACAUCAAGGAUCUCAAUCUUCAGGCGUCUCGCAGGUCCAUGGCCGUAAUAACCCAGGAUCCUGUCCUCUUCAGCGGCAGCCUCAGGAAGAACCUAGACCCUUUCUCUUUGUAUCAUGAUCAUGAUUUGUGGCGUGCAUUGGAAGAUGUGCAGCUGAAGACCCUGGUACAACAAUUUCCUGACCAGCUUGAUUACAAGUUGAGAGAGUCCGGGAGCAACUUCAGUGUCGGAGAGCGCCAAUUAGUUUGUUUAGCGCGGGCGCUGUUACAAAGAAGCAAGAUCAUCAUUCUGGACGAAGCCACUGCUAAUGUGGAUUUCAAGACAGACAGACUGAUUCAAGAAGUUAUACGCAACAGAUUUAAAGAUUCCACAGUAGUAACCAUCGCUCAUCGCUUGAACACCAUCAUGGACUAUGAUAAAGUGUUGGUUAUGGAGCAGGGACGAGUGGUUGAGUUUGACAAACCUGAAGUUUUGCUUCAAAAUAAGAAUGGAUUCUUGGCUCGUCUUGUUCAGGCUUCUAACUCAGCUUGCCCUUAAAACAGUAGUCUUUAAACCUGCUAAGACUGGAAGAAAACGUUAGGGAAUUUAUUUCAAGAUACAAAACAAGGUCAGGCUUGGGUUAAUACCCCGUAUAACCCUUAUACCUAAAGUAAGGUUUAAUUCUGCCGGCGUCAAGGUAACUUUCGCGAGAGCUAUCUCAACCUUUUAGUUUUAUGACCGGACUGAACCCCAGAAAUUCGUCGUUCUCGCUAGAACUACCUCCGCAAAACAAUUUUUCCUCCGCUGUGAUUGUGUAGUUAAGACUGCAAACGAGCUUGGAGAUUUUUGUUUCAGGACGCGUGGUUCACCAUUUUUUGGUCUAAUUGUAUCCUCCACGUCUUACUCACGCAACGCGUGAGUAACAUCCGCGGAAGAACUCGGUAUCAUGUCUAAAAAUAACUUAAGAGGGAUUACCUUGGGUAUAAGGCUUAGAUAGGGGUUUUACACUUUACCUUGAUAUUUUGUUGCAAGAUCUUAUCAGCAGUAAACUAAGUAUCUUUUGCAGGCUAGAGGUAACUAUAGCAAAAGGUACUGAAAAAUAUCUUCAACAAACGUGAACGAACGGCUGAGUCAUCCAAGAGUUUUAAGGAUUAACUUAAUCUAAGGUUCUAGAAAAUGAUUCAGGGUGAAUCCUAGAAAUGCGUCAGGGGUUCAAUUUUCUCUGUAUGGGAUAUGUUUUUUUUUUUCUGACACCAAUCUGCGUAAACAACUAUUUUGAGGCUUAAAAAGUUGAAUUGUUUAAAUAAAUUGAUCUCAUAAGCAUUUUGCUUAUUGGGUUUGUUAGAUUUGAGACAAAGCAAUGGUUUCCUACCUUGAAAUAAUUUUAAUACUAAUUUUGUGUUCGGUUUAGUCUCCCUCGACUGCGGACUGAGAGUCAAUUUCUAAAAAAGA